UUAGUGAAGCACGUAGCAGAAGCAAAGCAGCGUUGCAGAAAUGGCGGCGGGCGACGGUAGCCUCCCGCAGCAGCUCCCUUGCGUUUUUUCACCUAAAUCGCGGCAGUACUUAGCGGUGUGUGCCCAGGACGGCAGACUCCGCGUCUGGAACACCGACAGUAAAACUCUUCAGCAGGAGUUCGUGCCUUCAGCCCAUUUAAGCGCUACUUGUACCUGCAUAGCAUGGGGACCAUGCCGGACGGUGAAGGAGGGGCCACAGAGGAAGAAGAGGAAAUCAGAGGCGGCGCAGGUGGAGGAGAAGGCGGAUCUGCUGGCUAUGGGCACAGCGGCUGGAACUGUCCUCAUCUACAGUACGGCCAAGGGAGCCCUGCACUGUACUCUGGAUGGAGCUCACAGUGGGGGAGUGAACUGUGUCCACUGGCAUCCUGAAGACAGCUUAUUAUACAGCGGCUCAGACGACACAAACAUCGUGGAGUGGGACUUGCAGAGCGGGAAAACACGGAGUAAGUGGAAAGCGGACCGCGCUGCAGUGACCAGUUUAUCUGUGAGCCCCGAUGGGAAACUGCUCCUCUCAGCUGGACAUGUGAUCAAGAUGUGGGAUUUGGAGACCAAGGAGGUUUACAGGAAAUUCACAGGCCAUUCCACGGCCGUGACGACCCUGCGCUUUGCCACGUCACGGCCUCCUGACAGCAAUGGCCUUUACUUCCUGUCAGGAGCAGCUCACGACAGACUCCUCAGUGUUUGGCAAGUGCGAGAAGACAGGAAGGACAAGAACUCAGUGGUUUCCUUCACUCUGACGGAUGAACCUCAACACAUCGAUCUGAUCCCAUCUAGCAGCAAAGAAGAGGCUGUACGGCUGGCGGUGGUGUGUAAGGAUGGACAACUGCAUCUGUUUGAGCACUUUUUAAAUGGGCCUUGCAAGAAGCCGCUGUCGCCGUCGUGUUCGGUGCAGAUGUCUGACACGCAGGACACCCCGAGUCCCAUCCCGCUGCUGGCGGCGGCGCUUGGAGCCGAUCCGAGGGCCGUGAUGCUCGCUUACGGGAACCAUCUGCAGCCUGUCAUGGAGAAAGUGGAGAUCAACACAGCGGAGAGACACGUAUGUUUGACACGAGACGUGAAGACCAGCCUGUCCCUCUCCAUGGAGACCACCGCCUCCAAGGUGAAAACUCCAGUUAUUAACGCGAAAAGCAAAGUUUUGGUUCCAGGGCUGCCGGGUCAUACGGCGCCUUUAACGGCGGCUCAACAGGGAACGGAAAAGAGGAAAAAAGACUCUGACAAUAAGGAGCUGUCCAUAGCUGAGCGACUCGGUGAAAUCGACCUGGAAGCAGUUUCCAGCCAAAAAGGAGCUUCUAGAGCGACGGCUUCGUUACAGACGGACAACUUUGCCGUUCUUCUGAUGCAGGGCCUAGAGAGCAAUGAUGACGACAUCCUAAACAAAGUUUUCCAGACUCGUAAAGAUGUGUUAAUAAAAAAGACGGUUGCUAGGUUACCUCUCUCUGCCGUUAUACCGUUAGUUGAAGAGCUAACAAAGAGGCUCCAGGGGCACCCUUUGACGGCGUGUCUGAUGGUACGAUGGCUGAAGGCGGUCCUCAUGCACCACACAUCAUACCUGGCAUCGCUGCCGGACCUGGUCGCCCAGCUGGGGGUGCUUUAUCACAUGAUUGAGAGCCGAGUGAAGAUGUUCCACAAACUGACAAAGCUGCAUGGAAAGCUGCAUCUCCUAACAACGCAGGUGGCAGCAAAUGACAGCAGCAACGCUGUGUCAGAGGUCGACCAUACAGCUAAACUGGUGUAUGAGGAAGAGUCGUCUGACGAAGACGACGCCUCUGUUGAUGAAGCUCUUCCAGAUGAAGGCUCAGAUCACUGGGAUGAAGAGGAGGCGAUGCAGGACGACGAAGACGACGAUCCUGACAGAAGAGAAGAAGCCAAAGCGAACGGCGAGGAGGACAUGGAGCAUGAAAACGAGAGCGAAGAAGAAUGAAAGCAAAACCAUUUCAAUGAUUCACCACACGGACUUUAAAGAGUUAUAUAUAAACUGUCAUUUUAUUUUCAAGCCUUUUGAUUUUAUUAUCAGGAAAAAGAAAAAUUGGUUUUACAAAAUAAAGGGACGCCUUCCAGCGGCGACCUUUCCUUCACGGCUGCAUCCAUUGCUGGUUCUUCUCACCCAUUGAAACUACAGCUGAUGCAGAUCUUCAUCUCUGUGCCCCCCCACCCCCACUAGAGCUGCCGUUAGGUUCGUCCUCUGCAUUCCAAAAUGUGUCCUUAAUUACUUCAAUAUAGUUCAGAAUAUAAACUGUCUUUUCUGGUUGGUUUAAUUGAACUCUGAAGCAAACAAAAGGAAACUGGGCGCUAUGGUGGAGCCGGGAUGGAGACCAAUCCCCCCCCCCCCGGCUGAUGUACAGGAUACAGGAAGUGGGACUGAAAGGCGACAUCGUUCGUCGCCGUCCCACACUGUGUAAAUCUUUAUGUACAGUGAAGUGUUUGUACGAGCUCUUCCCUCUACACAAAUCUUUGGGAUUAAACAAACUUCUGUUAUUUCUCCUAAA